UGAGCGCCUGGGGUUUCCGACUUUUCUUUCUCUCUUCCUCCAACUCUCUAUCCAAGUCGACGCAGCGAAGAAAACAGGCGACAAGAUUGCGAACGCUAGAUAUCUGGACCCGAUCCGGAUCGGGUCGGCCAUGACGGUAGAUCGGAAGCACGCCGAGGCGGCGGCGGCGGCGCCCUUCGAGAUCCCGGCGCUCCAGCCUGGAAGAACUUGUGGAGCAGAGGAAAGUACCCGGAGUCAUGUUCUCGUCAAACCAAUAGGAAGCAGUAAUCUUCCCUGUAAUGAAUAUGCACUCUUGGCGCGGCAAAACCCCAAGGGAGAUGCGCCGCCAGUGGCAUCUAUUCUGCGGAAAAAGCGACCUCGGAGAUCACGUGAUGGGCCUAAUUCAGUCUCUGAAACGAUCAGGCGAUGGAAAGAAGUGAACCAACAACUGGAGCAUGAUCCACAGGGUGCAAAGAGGGCGAGGAAGCCACCUGCAAAGGGUUCGAAGAAGGGCUGUAUGCUGGGGAAAGGAGGACCUGAGAAUACACAAUGUGGAUUCCGUGGUGUAAGGCAACGUACUUGGGGGAAGUGGGUUGCUGAAAUUCGGGAGCCAAAUCGGGUGAGCAGGCUCUGGCUGGGAACGUUCCCCACUGCUGAGGAUGCUGCCCGUGCUUAUGACGAGGCAGCCAGAGCAAUGUAUGGCGCACUGGCUCGUACCAACUUCCCUGUGCAUCCUGCACAAGCUCCUGCUGUGGCUGUACCAGCGGCAAUCGAAGGUGUUGUACGUGGUGCUUCAGCAUCAUGCGAGUCUACUACAACGUCCACCAACCACUCAGAUGUUGCUUCUUCCUUGCCGAGACAAGCUCAAGCUCCUGAGAUUUACUCCCAGCCAGAUGCGCUUGAGUCCACAGAAUCAGUUGUGCUGGAGUCUGUCGAGCAUUACAGCCAUCAAGACACUGUUCCUGACGCUGGCUCAAGCAUUUCAAGGAGCACAUCCGAAGAGGAUGUGUUCGAGCCAUUGGAGCCUAUUUCCAGUUUGCCGGAUGGAGAAGCAGACGGUUUUGAUAUAGAAGAAUUAUUGAGAUUGAUGGAAGCCGACCCAAUUGAAGUCGAGCCGGUCACUGGGGGCUCCUGGAAUGGUGGAGCCAACACUGGCGUGGAGAUGGGCCAGCAGGAACCUCUCUACCUGGAUGGCUUGGACCAAGGCAUGCUGGAGGGCAUGCUGCAGUCUGAUUAUCCUUACCCAAUGUGGAUAUCAGAGGAUCGGGCCAUGCACAACUCUGCCUUCCAUGAUGCUGAGAUGAGCGAGUUCUUCGAAGGGUUGUGAUCCCCUACCGGCGGCCAAACCAUGUCUAUGGUGUUUGGUCGGCUUGCCCUUCGGUGUCCGCUGCUGCGCUCCAAUGAAGAUCAAAUGGUCGACCGGAUUGGAUUCCUCUGCAGAACUAAUAAGCUCCUAAGCUAGUUUUUUGUGCUUCGUUUGUAGUUCUGUUAGGCAUGGGAACUCUUCUCUGUUUCGAUGUUUCUUGUGAUAAGAAACCUUGAUUGUGCAUCACGAUCUUUGGAAGGUGGAAAAAGAAAAUGUGAAAAUGCAUUUCCCUGUC